UUGGGGCGAAACGUCUGAAAAUCAUUUCUUGAAGACUUUCAACGGCCAUUGGCGAUAGCUUCAACGUCAAAACCUGUGAUUUAGGUUCUUCAUGCUUUUCAUUCAAAGAAAGGAAAAUUGGUAAAGGAUCGUCUGUUUUAAAUCGAGAACGAGAUCACGACCUUUAACUCAACAUGACCUUUCACCCGUCAAGAAAACAUUCCAAGAUGGCGGAACUGGUCAUAUUGAAUAGGACGUCAAUGUGAAAACAUGGAAUACACACACGUCUGAAUGAUGUGACAGUAUAUAGAAGACCAGUUUGUAGAUGUAGGAGGCUGAUCUCAAGGGUACUGCCCUGCUGGUAACCAUGGUUACCCACGCCAAACUCCAGUAUUACCGCCACAACUAUGGCCUUGUGUGUAUCACAGGGUUGCUGGGGUGUCGCUGGCAUCGUUAUAAACAGUCCCUACGUGAUAACAGAAAGAGGGACUUCUGUGUAUUUGGCAUCAUGUCAUUGACGUUUCUGUUCCUCACCUUUUUCCUGUAUGUCAUUCUAAUAUCCAGAAAUGACUUCGAUGAUUUUAACUGGUUCAUGUACAAUUCAUUUGACAGUUGGGCUCCCUAUUUUGUUAUACUGCUGUCUGUGAUCUGUGUCCUUUUUACAUACAUUACUGUACUAAUGCUCUUGUCCCUGUGUCACAUUGUACAUGGUCACCAACUCUAUGUACAUCCCGUACAUGUAGUAUUCAUCAUCAUCUGUUUGGCCUGCUGUGUGGCUGGAACAAUCGGUUACUCUGAGCUUUGGGCCACUGAAUGGUUCCUGAUCUGGUUGUCUCUAAAGGUCAUUGGUCCGUUCCUCCAAAUCGGAUGUGUGAUCUUGAUGACAUUAAUGUCAUAUAUCAUCAUAGGACAGUGGUUCACCCUGUCUAAGUGGUACUUACAGAUGCUGUGGUUGUGUGCAUAUUUAAUUGUGAUGGUUGGACUGUAUAUAUCUCCCCUGUUUAUUGACUCGCCCUGUGUAGUGGCAACGACCAGACUGCCACAUAAGCCACAAAUCGUAGGCCACAGAGGGGCCUCUGGGAUUGCACCAGAGAAUACUAUGAUCUCAUAUGAGGUUGCUGAACAAUAUGGAGUUUUCGGAUAUGAAACUGAUGUAAGACUCAGUUUUGAUGGUGUGCCAUUUUUACUCCAUGAUUCAACUUUUGCGAGAACUACAAAUAUUGCCGAUGUUUUUCCUGACCUAGUAGAUACAGAAGCUUCCAUGUUCAAUAUAUCUCAGAUAAAGCAGUUAGAUGCUGGCUCAUGGUUUGUAAAGACCAACCCAAUGAUGACUUUAGGCAGUGUGUCGUCAGAGAGGAGAAAUCUUUACACACAACAGAAGAUCCCAACUUUUCUCGAACUUCUAAAAUUUGCCAACAAAACAGGCAAGGUUGUCAUGUUUGAUCUCUUUCUACCUUCCAAAUCACACCCAUUUCACACGGACAUGGGACCUGUUCAUAACGCCAUACACGAGUCAGGCAUAGAUCCCAAGAAGAUAUGGUGGUUGAUGAAUGUGGAAGAUAAACUCGGUGAAAAUUAUACACCUGUUUUGAGGGAAUACUUGCCUCCAGAUGUUCUCCGCAGGAAACACAUCUACAACAUUAACAUCGAAUACAGCAGCAUAACUUUGGAACAAAUUAGGGAGUGUCAGGCCAAUAACAUCAGUGUUAACGUGUUCAAUGUAAACACUGGAUGGUUCCUGUCUCUGUUUUGGUGUGUAGGCACAGCCAGUGUGAGUUCUGACAACUGUCACACCCUGUCAAAAGUGGAACAGCCAGUGUGGACCCUGUUACCGAGGAACUACCUAAUUUUGUGGGUGACCGUGGAUGUGCUGUCUGCUAUAGUGGUCGUAGUUAUAUUUAUUGUACAGAGAAUCCACAAACAGGGCACCAAAUACAGUCCAGAGUCUCAAUCUCUCAACUGGGAAGCUCAGAGCCAACAAGUCCAGCAACACCGGAGUCAACAACGUGUGGAUAGUUACAGACGCAAUAAACGCGCCAUGAAGGAGAAACUUCUAAUGAGGGAUGUAGCGUCAGAACUGUUUGAUGUGGAGCCAGAGGUGGACGACCUCGGUAUCGAGAGUAACUACACUGUACAGUCUGCCGACGGCCGAGUCAUGGCUGCAACAUUCCAUCAAGAACAAAACGGGUAUCAGACGAGUUAUCAGGACCCCAGUCGUGUACAUUCAGACGGUAUAGUUAAUCUAUAAUUCCUGUUGAUUGGUGGGGCUGAUAAGAAAGUUUAUAUGGAACAGGAUGUGGACUUGUUUGAUUUUGUUAUUUUUUUAUGAGGGAAGGGAGGGGGAGGAUGGAAGAUGAUUUUUUUUUUAUGAGGGAAGGGAGGGGGAGGAUGAGGUGAAGUAGGGAGGGAUGGCUUCAAAUUUACUGUAAGCAGUAAGACGUGUAUACAUGACAGUAUAUAUCAACGGUUAAAAGAAGGUGAAAGUUGAGUGAGCACGAAUUGACUAACAUUUUAUUCCAUGGUGUGAUUGGUCAGUUUGCUUUGGCUAUGCAUACUUACUACACCAAUAAUGUUCGUUGUGCCAGCCCUUUUCGAGAGACUAGAAUUAUUACCCAGGACAUUAAAUCAUAGAUCUAGUCGUCAAGGUGAUAUUUUGGCAUUACAUUGAACUUGACAGCAAUGGCAUUGAGUCAGUUGUAGAUUCAAUUGGCAGAAGAGAGAUAUUAUGUUUUAAAUGAAUACUGUGUAUUCGUAUGUACUAGAUACAUUAAUGAUAAAUGGAAACUUAUUUGUUUCUGUUGAGAUUGAUGAAGCUUUCAGCUUUUCAAGGUAGGACCAAAAAAAUCUGCAUGUCUUUAUUGAUUAAUUUCAUAAAAUGGAAGCUAAAUUAUAAGUCCACCUAUACCCUGUACAAUAAAUAGUAGAUAUUUAUUAUAGUAUAAAUAGAGAAGGUCUAUUUUAAAUUUGUGAAAAAUCAUCCAAUGAUUUCCAAUGAUAUUUAAAGUGUAUACAAUGUAUAUUAUGUACUUAACUGAUAAUAGAAUGUCUAGUAGAUCUGCAGAUUUACAGAUUCUGUUUUGGAAUUGCAGUUUUAUGGGAUUGCCAAAAGAACUGGUAGGAUGUGAAAAGAUCAAUUUUCAUUUCUUAAGGCUAACAUAUAGACAUACAUCUUCAUAUUGAUUGAGAUUGUUGGUAUAUAUAGAUCUGACAUGUAUACUGACCUACAAUAUGUAGUUUGAAAUUUUAAAAUUUUUAGUCCCCUGACUGGAUUUUUUGUGUACGUGGGUACAAUGCAUGAAAUUGACACUGAAAUUUAUGUUACUGUACUGGUAUAAGAUGCACAGCAGUGUAAAGAUAUAAGGUAUGUGUUCAAAUACCUGUACAUCUCUUUUGUAGCCAUACUGUGUAUUUACAAUACUUGUUAUUCAAAUUUUUAUUAAAUUAUGAAUAUUAAAACUAUAUAGUUAUAUUUCGCUGAUUUUGAACAAUAUUUGAUUUUACCUUUUCAUUAUUCUUUAGUUGUUUUAUUUUGAAAUAGGACACUUAAGUAUGAACAGCUGAAACUAUAUAUAGCACCGGUAUCUAUAUACAUUUAUUUAUCAAUCUGUGACUUACACUACUUAUAUUUUGUAUAAUUGUAUAUGAAGCAUAGUGUAUAUAAUGUAUACAGUAAUAACAAUUUUGUCUUUUGAACUCCUGAGAUUUUAGACAUUGUUACGGGUGCUUCCAUUUUUUCGGUAAAGCUGUUUCAUUGAAAUAUUUUUUGUUUUGUUUUUGUUAUGAUUUAGAAAAUGGACAAAGAGGAUAGCCACUGUUUAUACAUUUUUAGAAUUGUUAAGUAAGAACGCCUGUGCAUAUUCUGUUCCAAAGUCAUUUCAACCCGUCCUAGAGGUAUUUAAGCUUUUCUGAUCAAUAUGCAUAAGACAAAGGUUUUAUUUUUCUUGUUUUUAUUGAUAAUUACCACAAUUUGUUACAAGAAUGCAUCAGGUUCCCAUGCCUUCAAAGAUUAUUUAUAGAUUUUUGAGAAGUGUUUUUCCCAGCAACAUCCAUCUUUUGAUUUCUAUACAUUCAAACUCUUAUCAACAUUUUUUUUUUUUUUUUUUCAGAAAACCUGGAAUACUUGAUUGUUGCUAUUGGUGAUAUGUACAUUAAGAUUUCAUGAUUUUGUUGUGUCCUGCUCUCACAUCCAUUUAUAAACUUUCAUUUAAGUGCUGCUACUUAAAAUUCUUUUAAUAUAGUUACUGAUAAAACUGUACACAUGAACUGUUUAUAAAGGUAGUUGUGUGCUUCUGAUUUAUUUUCAUUUUGACUUUUACAGGAGUUAUGCCCCUUGUUCGAUCUCGAUAAAUGAUCAAGAAGUUGUUUACAAUAUUGCAAUCAAUUUUAAUAUAUGAAGGAAUUUGGUACAUCUAAAUAUUGUGAGUGACUGGUCUUGCAUUUUUUUUAUUGCUUUGUUUAUUUUUCUUUGAUUUUGAAUUUUGCUUUGAAUUAAUAUUUGUUAUGAAUUAUGCUCUUCCCUUUAUAUUCGGUAAAUAUACGUCAUCGGUACUUAUAAACUUACGCUUUCAAUGAAGUUUUCUUGUGUAUUUUCACUAUUUUUUCUCCCUAAAUUUUGUUUGAUUUGAUAUUGACAUCCCUUUGUGCCCAAUAUUUAUUUUUAUUCUGGUUUGGUAUUUGUGUUUCAAAGACUUCUUGUGAUUUGCUAAAGAGUGCAAUAAGAUAUUGGGCAUGAAAAUUCCUGUUACAUUUAUGUAUGCUACGAUAUGUCAGGUGAAAAUUUUUAAUAACAAAUUAAAGAAUAUAGGGUUUGAAACAUUUUUUCUUUAAAAAAAGAUAGGAUAAAUACAUUAUUUUGACAAUGGUAUAUAAAACUAUGUCAGGAUUCGCUGAAAAGCUGGAGAAUUUUGUCACCAAACUUGAGUGCUGUUUUUCAUUUAAAAAAAAAACAACAACAAAAAGCAGAUCUUGUUGAUGAUCUUGGCUUGUUGAUAUUUUAAUGUAGAGGCCAGGGUUCUUGGAUUAUAGAUAUAUGUUGACUCAUCAGAUACAUUUUUCACCAACAUUAUAAAUACAUAAUUUACCCAUUCAUGAUAAUUGGAAAGAACUAAUACCCUUUCAUUGUGAUAAUCAGACACACACUGUAAUAAAUACCCUUACAUUGUAAUAAUCAGACACACUUACUUACUCCCAUACUGUGACACCCAUACAUUAUAAUAAUUUGAUACACACUUCUCCCAUACUGUGACACCCAUACAUUAUAAUAAUUUGAUACACACUUCUCCCAUACUGUGAUACCCUUAUGAUGCCAUGCAUUGUAAUAAUUGGAUACACACUUCUCCCAUAUUAAGAUACUCUCACAUUGUAAUAAUCAGAUAUAUGCUGUAAUAUCCUUACAUUGUAAUAAUCAGACACACUGUAAUACCUACAUGUAUACAUUGUAAUAAUCGGAUAUACAUUUCUUCAAUACUAUAAUACCCAUACAUUGUAAUAAUCGGACACACACUGUAAUACCCAUACAUUGUAAUAAUCGGAUACACACUUCUCCCAUAUUUUAAUACCCUUCCAUUGUAAUAAUCGGACACACAUUUCUCCCUUUGUGGUUGAAUAGAGAAGGAAUCAACUGUCCAUCAAUAUUGAUGCAUAAAAUGUUUCAUAAUUUGAAUGUGUACUAAAUUUUCUACAAUAUCAGUUUUUCUUUUUUAUUGCUUAAACAGACCAGAAUUCUUACAAGGAGAUUAACAGUAAAGACAGAAUCUCACUUAUUUUAGAUUCUUCAAAUAUUUCUUGUAGAAAAAAUUGUCUUGAAGGUCUGAAAGUGUUUUUGAGUUAUUGCUCGUUUGAUCAAGAGUCACAGGCGCUUAUUGGAUUUAUUUGCAGUUUUUGUAUGCUUCAUUGAUGGUGAUCUGCUACCUAUGUCUUAGGUACAGUAUAUUCCAUGUGUUGGCGUGUUGUUGUUAGGUUCUGUAGGCUGACAAAUUGGUAAAUUACCACGGUUAAGACAACAAUGAGAGGUUCCCUGGGCUGAGAUAUUGGUAGGAUCCCACGGUUAACACAAAAUUGCGAGGUUCCCUCAGUUUGCACAAAAUUGAGAGGUUCCCUGAGCUGACAUAUUGGAAGGUUCCCACGGUCAACAUGACAUUGGGAGGUACCCUGGGCUGACAUAUUGGAAGGUUCCCACGGUCAACAUGACAUUGGGAGGUACCCUGGGCUGACAUAUUGGAAGGUUCCCACGGUCAACAUGACAUUGGGAGGUACCCUGGGCUGACGUAUUGGUAGGUUCCCAUGGUUUACACAACAUUGAGAGGUUCCCCCUGUUCGCACAAAAUUGAGGGGUUUCCUGGGCUGACGUAUUGGUAGGUUCCCAUGGUUUACACGAAAUUGGGAGGUUCCCCGGGGUGACAUAUUGGUAGGUUAGAUAUACAUAAAUAUGACAUUGGUAGCUUAGGUUCCCGGCUUAAAAGUGGAAGGGUUCACUGCACCAACAACAUAUUGGUAGGUUACAACGAAUAACAAAAUAUUGGUAGUUUCCUUGUGUGGCACUUUAUGGGUAUGACCCAAGGUUUGAGACACAAAGAUAAUGAUAUUCAUUGCAUGCAUGUAUUUAUUAAGGAGUAUUUGACUACAGAUGUAUGUUUUUCCAGUUAUUAUUUAAGUUCUUUGCAGUUGAUGAUGUCACAAAUUAAAAUGAAGCCAAAUGAUAUAUUGCAUAUCAAACUGAAAUACAUGUGAUAAAAAUGCAUAGUUGAUGUGAUGUUAGUGAGAAAUACCUGAUACCUGAUACCUCUUCUUAGACGCCACUGGUUAGCUGAUGUCAGCUAAUUCUGACGCAUCUUUUAACGUGAUAAACAUGGGGCUCCCUCUCCUGGUUUAUAAGGGAAAGAGGGUCUAAAACUACCAAAUUGUAGAUAUAAUUCCUAUCUAUAACUACAUCCAAUGUGGGAAAAGUAUACUCAUCAAUAUCAUACAAUAUUUUACUGUAACAGUACUUAAAAUGUGUACAGUUAACACAUUAAUAUUGCCCAAAAUUCUUAAAAUUGUUAAAGUGUCAUGUAUAUUUUACCCAAUUAACAUCGUACAAAAUUAAAAGACUUAGUCUCAGCAUUCCUGAGAUUUGGGAAUUUGACUCUUUCUAAAAGAUAUCUUCCAAUAAUUUAAUUUUGUAUGAAACACGCAUUUUCAUUGGCUGAAAUAAUUUUGUUAUACCUCCAUCACAAAAUUUUUGACGUUGCGAAAUGUAACGUCAUUUUUGAUUGGCUGAUGA